UUCAAAAGCCUUACGGAGAUAAAAAGACAGAUCUUCAUAGGAUGACAGCCAGGGAGGAGAAUCAAUUUUGAUCGUAAUUAAGGCAGCACCUUCGGCCGGAUUAUUUUUUUGCUGCCUAAACUGUGUGUGUGUUCCUGUCACCGGCCCUUAAUUCAUUUGCAUUUCAAAUUCUGAAGAUCACCCAUAUUGUGGUGAAAACGUGUCCUGCAUCCUUCAUCUCCAGGAUUUGUGCGUAAGUCUUCGGUGCCCAGUGUUGUGGAUGUGUCGUUCGGCUGCAGCGGUGUUGACCGCCCUCCUGUGCGCCGCGCGGCUGUGCGCGGCAGGGAGGAACCAGCCGCUCAACUACCGGCCCAUAAUUGGUGUGUUGGCGCAGGAAAAUCUUCCAGAUGACCAGUAUGCUCAUGGCUUCUCUUACAUCGCUGCCUCCUAUGUCAAAUACUUGGAAGGAGCCGGGGCUAGGGUUGUACCUGUGAGAAUCAAUCGCACAGAAGGAGAAUAUGCAAAUAUAUUUAAUGCGAUAAAUGGGUUGUUGCUUCCGGGAGGAGAUGUAGAUAUUCAGACAUCGCAGUACAGUCGAGCAGCCAAGAUCUUUUAUGACUUGGCUCUAAAGGCCAAUGAUGCUGGGGACUACUUCCCUAUCUGGGGAACCUGUCAGGGCUUCCAGCAGCUGUCUGUCCUCACUGCCAAUAAAAACCUGCUGACCCUCACCAAUACCAAGGCAGUUGCUCUCCCUCUUACUCUCACUCCAGCAACCCAGUCCAGCCGGCUCUUCCGGAGUUUUCCAAAGGAUCUUCUGCAGUCUCUGGCUGAGGAAAACAUCACUGCCAACUUCCACAAAUGGAGUCUAUCUUUGCAGAACUACAGCCGAAAUGCCAAACUGAAGAGGUUCUACAAGGUGCUGUCCACUAACAAUGAUGGGAAGAAAGAAUUCAUCUCCACCAUGGAAGCCCACCGCUACCCAUUUUAUGCCGUGCAGUGGCAUCCAGAGAAAACUCCCUUUGAGUGGGUGGAUAAGCCGGGCAUGACUCACUCCCCCGCUGCCAUAAGAGCCUCUUUCUACACCUCCAGCUUCUUUGUCUCUGAAGCCAUGAAGAACCAGCACCAUUUCUCCAGUCUCGUGGAGGAAGAGCGAGCCCUCAUCUAUAACUUCUCUCCCGUCUUCAGAGGCAUGAAUUCCAUCUUUAUCCAGAACUAUUACUUUGACUAAUGGACAGUACCCAAGAUGAAGCAGACCUGGGCUAGGUUUAGUCAUAAUUAGUUAUUAGUAGAAAAGUAACCUUAAAAUGAUGAUUAGAAGAUUAGAUCAGCUGAUUUGCUCAGAAAUGAAUUGCAGAAGUACCAACGGGACAGUGAUCAUAGUUUUACGCAUUGUAUACAAAACAAAGGAAAAUUACAAAAAAUGCAAAAACAAGCUUUCAACAACAAAUUUCACGUCUGUUCGUUUUGCCUGUAUUUUACACAUCUGGCAAACUAAAUGUAAUACAAAUAAAUAGUGAUAAAGACUUGAAUACUAAAUACUUGAAAGACAUGACUUACAUUUCAAAUAUUGUCAAUCAUCGGGGUACAGCAUAAAGUCUAAUUUACCAAUAAUGAUUUCCCUAUGUCUUAAUUGAAUACCUUUGGUGGUUUCGCCUCUAUUAUAUUCCAUUGGGUUGUGAUCGUAACCAAUAGGAGGCUUAAACUGAGUGAUUAGUGACUGUGUUGCAGUAUGUCACUCAUACCUCGCACAUACCCACUCUGGGACCAAUAAUUCCCCAAAUCACUGCCAUUUUUUUUGGUUUCCUAGUUUUCUUUCCGUCUUUAAAUGUUUUAUUUGUGAGUUUCUGAAAACAAUGUUGUCAGUUAAACUCACUGAGACAAGAAACAAGUGUACCUUUGUUGAGCCUCAGCAUCAUGCUCCAUCUGGUGUACUUUUUUAAUGAAUGAUAUAUGUAGAAUGUAAUAGCUUGGACAGAUGAGAUAAUCUUACCAGGCAAACCCCAUUAUGCGAUUAUUGGGAUACCUCUUUAUCCCAAAUGUAAACAUGGACAUCCAUUUAACACCUCCUAAAUUGCCAUGUUGUUUUCGAUCAUCAGCUAGAGGUUAGGAUAAAUGAUAUAAUGAAUGUGAGUCUUCAACCAUUUUUUUAUAUAGAAACACAUUUUGCCCUUUACUUCCAUGUAUUAUUUGUAUUCCACUGUAUGGCACAUGUUCCUAACUGUAAGAAAUCAGUGUGUAUGCCUGUCAAUGAUAAAGGAAAAUGUGGUUUCCAACUUGUGUCUUUGAAGAACUACUGUCACGCUAUAAUGUUGGAUAAUCAUUUUGUAAACUCUAAAGAUGAGUCUUGAGAAGAGUUCAUCUUUAAAUGAUUGUAUUCUUGUGCAUCUCUGUGGGCAUUUUAACAUUUGUAUUCAACAGAAAAUAGCAGUAUUUUGUAUAUCACAUUGUCUUGAGUAUGUUACAAUAACUCCAAAGAUGAUCAGCAUUUGGAUGGGUACAGUGUUUACAUCGAAACAUUCGCUUUAUUUUUACAGUUGGCCGAAGUAAUGACAUUGACUUCAUUAUAUAUGCAUUUUUUUAAAUUUCCAAAUUGGGAAUAUAUGUAGUCUAAUCUUAAACAUUUUAGGCAAACUUGGGGUUUUUAAAAUGACAGACAAAACGUAUAAAUGUAUUUAUAAGUGUGGCAUGGCAUCAUAACAUUACGGCAUGCUUUACAUUUUUUUUCCGAGCACAUUUUUUUUCAAUAAGGCUGAUAUUUUGUCAUUGUUUUUAACGGUUUUAUCAGGUUAACAAAAAGAAAAUGUAUAUAUUUAUUUUUGGGGUGUUUUGUUCAAAUGUUGCUUACCUCCAUUGAAUCAUAAUGUUUCCCUUUGCUUGAUAAGCCCGCUGGUAAAUAUGCAGCCACAAGUAAAACAAUAUAUAUUUUCUAUGUUAAAAAACACAUAAAUGAUGACCCUAUGAACUUGUCCAAAUUAUUUGGAUCCUUUCUGUAUAACAUUUGCCAGUUCAACACAGUGGCUUGGCUACAUUGAUUGUAUACAUUUGUUGGUUUGAACAUGUGAUGAUCAGACAUUAAAGAGAGUCAAGUAAA